ACAGAUUUAAGACUGUUUAAUUGAACAAUGACCCAAUUCAUUAAAAUUAAUUUCAAAAUAUGUGAACACGAAGAACAAAGCGUUUGUAAGCAGAUAAUUAGGAAUAUUUGUUUUAGAUAAUGUUAUUGCUAAUAAACGAAAUGAGGGCUGCUUUAAUGACUCAUAAGUUAAAAUUUAUAGGAAUAGAUUGACACCUAAUCAACAUACAAAGAAGAGGGGGUCUAUUAUUAGUUAAUAAGAUGAUUGUAGGCAGUUGGUUCAUAUACGUCGACGAAGUUGCCCAAAUACUGGUACAAAAAAGUUUUAGUUAUAACACAACGAGCAAAAUUUAUAUCCCAGUAGUUUAGUACUUCAAGUUUAAGCGUCACCACAAUGCAGUGUGUGACGCUACUAAUUGUUUCUCUUCUCUGGACAUCAGCUCAUACAGCGCCACAGAUGUCUGACAUGCAAUUGGAGCGGACACUAGCUGACAGAGUGAUGAUGCAGCGUCACAUAAAAUGCGCUCUGAGCGAGGGACCUUGUGAUCCAACGGGGAUGAGACUUAGAACUCUCGCACCCCUCGUUCUCCGCGGUUCGUGCCCUCAAUGUUCAUCUCAGGAGACGCGCCAAAUAAGACGAACUUUAGCGUUCGUGCAAAGAAACUACCCAUGGGAGUGGACCAAGAUUGUGAGACAGUAUGGAUAAUUGACCAAGUUGAAACCCACAGACUCUACCAACUGUAUAUAAUAUAUCCUUACUUUUAUAUGCGAAAACCAAAUUAAUUAUGCUAUUUUAGAACAAAUAUGACUGUAUCCAUAAUUAUACUAAGUAUUUUCAACUUAUUAACCAUAGAUUAAAAGAUAUUCACGCUGGUAACUCAUACUGAGAAAGCUAAAGACGUUCUAAAUUCAAAUGAAACAUCAUCGCGUUAUGUAAACAUGUAAACCAUUGUGAACGUUUGAUAUAAACUGUUUGUAAACAUAUCUGACCAAAUAUAUGUUAAUGUAUCAAUGGUGUUGUUUUAUGUAGUGUUAUAUAUAAAGCUCUAGCUGUCUCGUGUUGUUUUAAUAUCGAAAUAUAUAAGUGUAUGCCGGA